UGCAUGUUCGUCGACAAAUACCUUUUAAUUAUGAUACGUUUAGUUACUUAAUGAAUAAAAAUAAACAUAAAUAUGAUGGAAAUGUUAAUACUACUAAUGUACUUGCUGCACGUCGUUACAAAAUAUAUGAAGCUACAUUGAAAUCACUAAAUAAUUUAUUUCAGAAUCUACAAAAAGAGAUUACUACAAAUUUUGAAUGCAUACAUCAAAUAUCAAUAGUGUUGGGAGGAUCACCUGUUACAGCUAAAGAAGUUUAUGAUGUUUAUAGAAAAUCAUGUUCAUAUCUAAAUAUAAGUAACUCAAAAAAUAAUAAACGAUAUCUUUUUAACAAAAUAUUGAGUUCUCUCAUGAAAUCACCACAAUUACAAAACAAUGUUAAGAAAACACUGCCAGUAAACAAAACAAAUAUUUUAAUAAAAACAUCAGUGGAUAAAUUUGAAUCAGUAGAGGAGUUUCUUCCUAAGGAUAAUUUCAAAAUACCUAUGAAUUGA